AUGAAACAGAAACUUGACGAAGAAGAUUCACCCAAGAAGUAUUGUAAUAUUGCAGAAUUACCUGAUUUAUAUACUGGAACUCCAUUACAAAAACAAAAAAUCAAUGUUUAUAAAUCAAAGAUCCCCCCUAGAUCGUGUCUGCAAUUUAAAAUCGGACCUUCAUUUUCACUGCAUAAACAAUAUGAUCAUAUAGUCAGAACAAGUCAGAAGCAUGGUGUUUUCUUCAAUUUAACAUCAAGAAUAGAUAGAGGAUUCGAUCUAAUUGAUAACCAAUGGAUAGGAUACAAAAGAAACUAUUUUACUUUGGCAGCCUCUUUCCAAUCAUCAAUCACUGAUCUUAUGGAAUUUGUCAAUGAUUCUUAUACGUUGGAAUUAAAAGAAAACGGAAAUUUAAUAACUUGUAAGAUAAUACAAUUUGGAAUAAAAAUUCUGUCUAAAGUUGAAAAUUCUGAUAAAGAAAUAAAUUUAGUUCAACAUACCGCAAAGAGGGACAAAGGUCCACACGGGAAACCAGAGAUUUGUCCUGUAGUUCCAGCAAAUCUACCAGAUCAUGAUACAAUAAGGAAUAUAACUAAUAUCAAGUGUCCCAAAAAAAAUGGAGAAUUAGAAAAAGCAUUUUAUUUUUAUUGUAAAGAUGAUAAAGGGAAAAAUUCUAAUGACCCUAACAUAUAUAAUUAUCUGCACCAGGAUAAUACCAAUAAUAUUAUCGAUCCACUGUAUAAAAACUAUCCUACUAAAUGUAUAGACAAAGUUGCAAAAUUUGAAAGGAUUCAAUUUAGCUGUUCUAGUGGAAUUAGAAAAUCCAAUUCUAUUGGACGUUACUUCCAGCUGUAUGUAAUUUUAGGUGUAACAGUGGAGAUCCCAAAUACUAUUGAAUUAAAGGAAACCAAUGGAAUUGAAUUUUUACAUAUGUCCAAUUUGAACUAUUCCAAAAAAUAUUUUGUUAAUUUAAUAGAAAUUAAGACACCACCACUAGUUAUCCGAGGUAGAUCUCCUGCAAAUUAUAAUAAUGGAGGACAACAAUCUGAACUCUCCAUCAGUGAUAACAAAAUUGAACCAAUGUUUUUUAGUACUAAUUUCUUAGAAGAAUCAUCACCAUUGAAAGAAUCCAAUAAAGAUAUAAUUAAUGGGAAAGCAACAUUUGAAAACAAAUCAAAUAUCAAAAAUAUCAUAGAUAAAAAUAUCCAUAGAGACAUCCAUGAUCUAAAUUUAAUAAAUACACUUAAUACAAAGUUUUGUUUAUCUAGUUCAAAAAUGUCAUCACCUACUAAAUUACAAACUCCAAAAAUACCAUAUUUUAUGAAUAAGAGAGAAAAAACAUUUUCUGAACAUAAAAACGUUUCUAAACUCAUCAAUAUCCAAAGACUAGAAGAAUUGGAAAGAGAAAUAUUUGAAAAGAGACAGGGUAAUAUAAUUCAAGAUUAUCCCAAAUUAAAUUUUAAAAUAAUUCCGUCCCCUGAUAAACGGCUAUUGCAACCAAUUAACAUUAAAGACAUCGAAACAAAAUCUAUAAAAUAUCCAAACAGGGAAAACAUAGUAAUACUAGGCUCCUUAUUAUACUCUACCCAUUUUCCAAUAUAUAAUAAUCCAAAAUAUAUUCAGUAUCAUGCCUAUAUCAGUGACAGCAAACUAAAAUCCUCAACGAACCAAAUAGAUAAAGAUGCUGAGCUAAGUUCAUCAGAAUUAAACACUAAUGAGCUAUCAGCUACCAAUAUUACUUUUUCUCAUCUUUAUUCUGAUAACCCUAAAAAUUACAAGAUUAAUAACAACAGCAGCAAUGGCAAAAAGAAUAUGGACUUUCACAGUUCAGAUGAUAUUUUUCUUAACGAUAUAAUGAUGGAAUGUAAAGAUAACAACACCAGCUAUGAAUAUAAUAGAUAUCAUUCAAUUGAUCAGUCAUCCUAUUCUGACACAAACAAAGACAAAAACCAACAAUAUUUAUUUCCCUAUACAAACGAUAACUUAUUAUUAAAUGGGUCACAAUGUUCUGAAGAAACAAUAGAUGACUUAAAAAGUUAA